ACGAUAGUUACAUGAGGAAUUAGCCAAAGUCAAGAGAGUAGCCAAUGACAAUAAUGCAGCUCACAAAACGACAACUCAACCUCAAAGAUAAAAGCCUCAUUCCUCUCAUUGCAAACAUUUCAAACACUUUCAUUUUUCUCAUCCCUUCCCUGGAUAACCCAGAUUUUAUAUUGGGGUAAUCCAAUCAAUCUUUUUUUAUUUUUAUUUUUAUUUUUUAAUUUUGAAAAUGGACGUGAAAUCCAACGCUGAUCUUCCACCUGGGUUUAGGUUCCACCCAACUGAUGAGGAGCUCAUCAUGUAUUACCUUCGUAACCAAGCUAAAUCAAGGCCAUGCCCGGCUUCAAUAAUCCCAGAAGUCGAUAUUUAUAAGUUUGAUCCCUGGGAACUGCCCGAGAAAGCUGAAUUUGGAGAAAAAGAAUGGUACUUUUUUACUCCCCGUGACAGAAAGUAUCCUAAUGGGGUUCGCCCCAACAGAGCAACUGUAUCUGGUUACUGGAAAGCCACUGGCACUGACAAGGCAAUCUAUAGUGGCUCUAAAUAUGUUGGCGUCAAAAAGGCUCUUGUAUUCUACAAGGGAAGGCCACCCAAAGGAGUUAAAUCUGAUUGGAUUAUGCAUGAGUAUCGCUUAAUUAGUGAUUCACGAAAACAACCCAACAAGCAAAAUGGAUCCAUGAGAUUGGAUGACUGGGUCCUGUGUAGGAUCUAUAAGAAAAAGCAAACGACAAAAACUUUGGAUCAAAAAGUUGAUGAAGAAUCAUGCUCGCAAAGGAUUAAUAAAAUAGGAUCCAAUAUUGAUGCUAUUGAACAACAACAAUUGAUGAAAUUUCCAAGGACAUGUUCACUUACACAUCUAAGGGAAUUGGAGUAUUUUGGCCCAAUUGCACAACUUCUCAGUGAUAACACCUACAAUUUUAGCUAUGAUUUCCAAAAUGCUACCCCAGAACAUGUUGGGAAAGUUCAACUAGGUGAAAUACCUAACCAGUACACAACAGAUUCUGGGAAGUUCCAAGUGAGCCCAAGUGGCAUCGUAAACCAGACAGUAUUUGUGAAUCCAAUGGUGUAUGAAUUCCAGUAUUAAGUUAAGCAUGGUGAAAGAACAAAUAGAUUUGUUAGACAUCUGACAAAUUGUAAAAAUUGUUUGUGAAAUACAUGACUCAUAAAUUAAAGCUUUAGUAAUUUGAUUCA